AUGCGCGAUAACCCGAUUGUGUCGUGUCGCAUCAUAGUUUUCUGUGCCUAUCCUACUCUGGUGUACUUCUUUGGUGCCUUGGAGCGCUUCGUCGUUGCGUUGUCAGCGUCAUACGCCGCCUCUGUCGCAGACUUUUAUCUAUCGGCCAUGGUCUCUUUUAUGUAUCCUUUUGCUGCCGUGGUGAACGUGCUACUCUUCCUCUAUACGGAGGAACUAAUGGGUUGGAUUUUCUCCACCUGUUGUAGGCGUUGCUGCCGCUGCAGCCACCGCGGCCAGGAUGCACCUGCUUUGGGGCCGGAUCUUCACUUUGACAGUGAUAGCGAUGUGGGCCGUGACCAACUCGUUUCAGAGAGAAUUGAGAGCAACAGCGUAGUAACUACAACGGGGUUUUGUGCUGUGGUGAGGGCCAUUGCAUGUGCCACCGUGACGGGACUUGCUCCUGGAACGGCGCCGUAUAGGGGGGCGGCCUCAAUGGCGGCCGUGGUGCAGCAAAGCCGCGGUCACUUUGUUGGCCCUAUCUCCAUUGGUGAACUUGCAGCCGACCCAAAGGCGGUGCAAGCUGUGCAUUGUAGUAAGAACGCCCUCGUUUAUGUUCCUCCGUCCAUUGAGUCAGCUAGAACUAUGAACUGUCUGUGA